AUGACGCGGCUUGCUGGCUUCGGGGAAGUCAGAGAGGGGAGCAGACUUCACCCAGAUUUCCUGCAGAAGCAGGACACUCAUCACAGAGCUAAACAUACAUACCUGGCCCAGGAGUUGGAAAAACUGGAGGAAGAGCUGGACACAGAGGAGUCACAGGCCCAGCCGCUGCCUCCUGCAGGAGGUGAGACAGCUAGUUCUCCACAGCAAGCAGGAAAUAAGCAGUCUAAGAGGGGGGCCGUGGGGCCCCCUUGGCUGCCCGGGGACGCGACCUGCAUUCAUCUGGGUCUAGAUGGUGCGCCCACGGUCAUGAGACAUCUCGGCUGCGCAGGAACGCUGAUCCAGAACUUAGCUCAAGAAGCCCUUGGGAUCAUUAAGGCUGCAGCCAGCUCGUCCCAGCAUGUCACGCACACACCUCUUCGGGCAGAAAACAACUCUGUAAGGGCUCUGGGGGGAAUCGUGCCCUCUGAAAAAACUAGUGAAAGUCUCAGAGGACAGAGAGGGACUGCCUCGGCAGCCCCAGCAGAACCCUGCCCUGCGCUCUACCAUUCCGUAUCUGCAGACUCACGGCCUGAUGGCCGGGCCCCUGUGACUGCGGGCAGCAGCCUCCCCAGAGACAAGACUGCAUACAGCCUGCUUGAGCUGCUCUCUCGGGCACCGCACUGCUGCCCCGCAACUUCCGCUCGGAGCUCCAUUCUGUCCCCGGCCUCUCAGGCCAGCUGGGACCCGAGUCCCGACAGGCCCGGGUUCUCAGACUUUAUCCCUCCAAGUGGUCACGAGUCAAGGCAACUGGAAUCUCUGGAUCCUAAAUGA